AUGUCGCCCCCGUCAGACCGCGGCGACGACAAGCCUCACCGGCCCUCCCUGCCCAAAUUCGAGCCACUGCCACCGACCAAUUUCAUCAACAGACUCAUCAAUCGCAUCCUCGCGCCACUGUUCUACCUGGUCUUCACGCUGGUCACCAGCAUCGUCGUUGUGCCCGUCUACGUCAUGAUCGACAGCUUCAGGCACGGUAGUCGCAACAGAUCCGGCGGCGGCGAGCGUGUCGCGAGGGACGAGUCCCGGGAGUACCCAGGCGGCCAACAAACACACAGGGUCAACAACAGAUUCUCCAGCUUUCUCCGCGAGUAUGGGCGGAGUUAUGGCGGGACGAGGAAGUCUGAGAAGACGGGAUAA